UGGAGAGUCGGAGAAACUUCUGGAACUUUCCGCGGCGGUUAUAUAGCGCGGGCGGCCGCAGCUCAGCGGGCAGAGCUCGAAGCUGCAGCCGCGGAGAGAGAGCACUGAGAUCGGCUAGGAUCUGGAGAGAUCACCGCUGCGGAGAACCGGACUUUACCGCUGAGCUCUGACCCCGCGAAUCUGUUUACCCGCUUCUUUAGCGUUAUUUUCCGCUUUAGCUGCGCUGACACUAAGUUUUCGUAGAUGGUGAAGAUGGGGAAGGAUUAUUACAGUGUUCUGGGGAUUAAAAAAGGGGCGUCGGACGACGAGAUAAAGAAAGCGUACCGGAAACAGGCGCUGAAAUAUCACCCCGAUAAAAACAAGUCCCCCGGAGCCGAGGAGAAGUUCAAGGAGAUCGCCGAGGCUUACGACGUGCUGAGCGACUCCAAAAAGAAGGAUAUUUACGAUAGAUUCGGGGAGGAAGGGUUGAAGGGUGGAGCUGGUGGAGGAGGUCCAAAUGGCCCCGGCGGUUUUACCUACACGUUCCAGGGCGACCCUCACGCCAUGUUCAGCGAGUUCUUCGGCGGCAGGAACCCGUUCGAGCAGUUCUUCGGCCACGGUUACGGUCCUGAAGAGGACAUGGAGACGGACAACCCCUUCAUGAACUUCGGUAUGGGAGGAAUGGGGGGGAUGGGCGGUGGUCGGCCCUUCAACAUGCGGCCCGGUGGGCCGGGCGGGAAGCUGGAGAAGAGGCAGGACCCGCCGGUGACCCACGAACUGAAGGUCAGCCUGGAGGAGGUGUUCAGCGGCUGCACCAAGAAGAUGAAGAUCUCCCGCCGGAGGCUGAACCCCGACGGCAGGAGCACCAGGUCCGAGGACAAGAUCCUGACGGUGGAGGUGAAGAAAGGCUGGAAGGAGGGAACCAAGGUCACCUUCCCCAAAGAGGGCGACGAGACGCCGACCAACAUUCCCGCCGACGUGGUGUUCGUGGUGAAGGACAAGCCGCACCCGGUGUUCAAACGAGACGGAUCUGAUAUCAUCUACCCAGCCAAGGUCACGCUGAAGGAGGCUCUGUGCGGGUGCUCAGUGAAGGCUCCCACGCUGGACGGACGCUCCGUUACCGUCACGGUGCAGGACAUCGUACGCCCCGGGAUGAAGAGGCGUGUCACAGGGGAGGGGCUUCCCUUUCCUAAAACCCCGGAUCGCCGUGGCGACCUCAUCGUGGAGUUCGAAGUGAAGUUCCCUGAAAGGUUAAGCCAGGACGCCAAGGACACCAUCGCUCGAGUCCUGCCCACGUCCUGAGCCCCGUACCCAACCCGCUCCGUCACGGGGACGCCCGUAGAGCUGGUGGCGUGAAACUGAGGCGUAACGAGCGGUGAUGAUGCAAAGUCACGUCCACGCCUCGUCCAACUCGCCAACUGUGUCUCUGAUCUCUAUAACGCUGGACUGUGAAAGCCAGCGACUGCUGGACAGACUGGUAUAUAAAACGCUGAGCUUCAUUUACGCUUUCAGGACCGUUUUCCGUGAGUUUGCUUAUGAACUCACAGGACUUUCCGAUCACUGCCGCACAAACUUUCAGCGUUAAGCUGAUACCAAAGUAGCAGAAAAUUUAACAAACUGUUAUUAGCAGCCUGUGUAAAGGAAAGGAUGUUUCUUCUAUGCACUUUUGUAAUAUUGUAAGCUUUUGUCAGCUUUCAUUUACUUGAAUCUUGUAAAUACUAUAGUAAAUACUUCUUCCAAUUGAAUUUAGUUUAUUUUUAUUUUCAUUACGCAGCAAUGUUGUAAUGGAAUAAAUGGGUGUCUGCUUUGUCGGACGUUUACAGAUUC